UGUUGCGAUAUUCCCUCCCGUUACUUACCCUUAUAUUUAUCCUCCCUUCUCCGACUAUAACAACCCAUAUAUUCAUGUCUUCUUCGGCUCACCAGCUCCCGGGCUCCUCCACCUCCUGCUAAGGGAGAGGUCCCCCAACCCCUCCGCUGCCGCCGCCGAGAGAGAGAGAGAGAGACGUGCGUGAGCCAAUCUAUAUAUAUAUCAUCGACCGUGAUCGUCGAGGUGAGGAAGAAGGAUCGAAUUAAUUAAUGAUGGGAAGAAUGUACUUAGGAUUGGCGCUUGUUUGCUUGCUGGUGGCGUCUGGAUCUCUUGGUGUCCAAGGCCAAGAUGGACCGACCGUGACUUAUGAUGCUCGAUCAUUGAUCAUCAAUGGCUCCCGGGACCUCCUCUUCUCCGGUUCCAUUCAUUAUCCCCGUAGCCCUCCCGAGAUGUGGCCAGAACUCCUAAGACAAGCCAAGGAAGGGGGUCUCAAUGUAAUCCAAACUUACGUUUUCUGGAACCUUCAUGAGCCUGUUCAAGGCCAGUACAACUUUGAGGGGAAUGCCGACCUGGUAAAAUUCAUCAAAUUGAUCCAAGAACAUGGAAUGUACGUUACUCUUCGGCUUGGGCCCUUCAUCCAGGCUGAGUGGAAUCACGGAGGAUUGCCCUACUGGCUAAGAGAGGUCCCCAACAUUAUAUUCCGCUCUGAUAAUGAACCAUUCAAGCACCACAUGAAGAAGUAUGUGAAGAUGAUAAUAGAUCUGAUGAAGAAGGAGAAGCUGUUUUAUCCCCAAGGAGGACCCAUCAUUAUGUCACAGAUUGAGAAUGAAUACAACACCAUACAGUUGGCUUAUAGAGACGCAGGCCUUCGCUACAUUCAGUGGGCAGCAAACAUGGCCGUUAGCCUCAAAACAGGCGUCCCAUGGGUCAUGUGCAAGCAGAGGGAAGCCCCUGAUCCUGUGAUCAAUACGUGCAAUGGAAGGCACUGCGGAGAUACGUUCACCGGGCCCAACAAUCCCAAUAAGCCUUCUAUGUGGACUGAGAACUGGACUGCUCAGUUCAGAGUGUUCGGAGACCCGCCGUCUCAGAGAGCGGCCGAAGAUAUUUCGUAUGCUGUCGCUCGCUUCUUCUCCAAGAACGGAACUCUCAACAAUUAUUAUAUGUACCAUGGAGGGACGAACUUCGGAAGAACAUCCGCGUCUUUUGUUGCAACCCGCUACUACGAUGAAGCUCCUCUUGACGAAUAUGGCUUGCGCAGGGAACCCAAAUACGGUCACCUCAGGGACUUGCAUAGGGCUUUGAAGUUGUCCAAGAAGGCUCUGCUUUGGGGGAAUCCAACUUCCCAACAGAUCAACGCAGAUUUAGAGAUUCGAACUUACGAGAAGGCUGGAUCUAACAUUUGCGCCGCCUUCCUGAGCAACAACAACAGCAAGGUUCCCGGAACUGUUAAUUUCAGGGGUCAGGAUUAUUUUCUUCCGGCGAAAUCCAUCAGCAUCCUCCCCGAUUGCAAGACCGUGGUUUACAAUACUCAGACAAUCGUGUCACAACAUAAUACAAGGAAUUUCCAUCCAUCGAAGAAAGCAACCCAUCUUGCAUGGGAAAUGUUCCAAGAAUCUGUUCCAGAUAGAAGCCAACUAGAUAUUAAUUUCAUGCAACCAUUGGAGCUCUAUAACUUGACUAAGGAUACAUCAGACUAUGCAUGGUACAUCACCAGCAUAACUUUUGACCGGCGCGAUUUGCCAUUCCGAUCUGACAUUCUUCCAGUCAUACAGGUUGCAAGUCUUGGCCAUGCAUUGAUUGCGUUCGUAAACGGAGAAUACAUAGGAUUUGGGCAUGGAAGCCACAUAGAAAAGAGUUUUGUCUUCCAAAAGCCAAUAAAUUUGAAGCCAGGAGUCAAUGAAGUAGCACUAUUAGGCAUUCUUGUGGGACUUCCGGAUAGCGGAGCCUACAUGGAGAAGAGGUAUGCUGGGCCUCGAGCUGUGACAAUCCAAGGUUUGAGUGCUGGAACGCUUGAUUUAACCUACAACCACUGGAAGCAUAUGGUUGGCAUGCCUGGAGAAAAGCUCCAGUUGUUCACAGAGGAAGGCGCAAGUAAAGUAAAUUGGAAUCCAGCUGGAAUAGCAGGACCACCGCUUACUUGGUAUAAGACAUACUUUGAUGCUCCAGAAGGUCACAAUCCGGUGGCUGUCAGGAUGAGCACCAUGGGAAAAGGAAUGAUUUGGGUCAAUGGCAUAAGUGUUGGCCGGUAUUGGGUGAAUUACCUGUCACCUCUUGGACGGCCUACUCAGUCCGAGUACCAUAUUCCAAGAGCUUACUUGAAGCCCACAAAGAAUUUGCUAGUAAUCCUUGAGGAAACCGGAGGAAACCCAACAGGCAUUGAGAUCCUAGUUGUCAACAGAGACACCAUAUGCAGCUUCAUCACCGAGAAUCAUCCACCCGAUGUUAAGUCAUGGGAUAAGACAGGGGAAGGCUUGCAGACUGUGGUUGAGUCUGUAAAAUCAGGAGCUCAUUUAUCGUGCCCUGGCGAAAAAGUGAUGAAGCAGAUUGAUUUUGCAAGCUUUGGCAAUCCAUAUGGCUCGUGCGGCAGUUUUGGCCUUGGAAAUUGCACUUCUCCCAACAGCCUGAAAGUUGUUGAGCAGCAUUGCUUGGGGAAGAACAAAUGUACGGUUCCAUUGUCGAGAGAGAUUUUCGAUAACAAAAACGAGGAUAAAUGCCCAGAAGUCUCGAAGAUACUGGCUGUCCAAGCAAGGUGUGCCCAUAAGAAGACGUGAAACUAAGUAAGAAGCAGCAGCAACAGCUAGUUGCCGUUGUUAUGGGUCCUUUGCAAACCAAAGAUAUCUUAUGCAUGAACAUGACGAUGGAGGUGUCAACACUUGCUUGGAAGCUUCAACUUCAAUUAAUUUUCAAUUACAAGAUUACGGGUCCUUCUUCUUGCUCUGUUUGUGGGGGAAGGACAUGACUGUCGUCAUCACGUGUUUGCCUUUUUUUUUUUAAUCUUUAUUUUAAUGCUAUAGAUUUGUUUCUCAAAACUUGUUAUGUCGACAUUGCAUCCGUUAGCAUUUAAAAAUAUUAGAAUUAAGCUACUUGUCGAGAAA